UGUGUAAACAAAUUUGAGCACAACAUUCAAGAGAAUAGCUUUUUUUAUUGAGAUCAUGAAACAUGAGACCAACAUUUUAUAUGUCGCGUUUAUAUUUUAGUUCCGUGUAUUUCAGCGUCUUCUCUCCUGGCAAUUGCGCUGCCUAUAUGCGGUCCAUUAAAAUGUGUACUCUGCCGCCACCUGUCAGAUGUCAGUAGGUACUGUACACAAUCAUUCUGAGAUUUCCAAUUUCUUGAUGCCCAGAUUUAAUAACUAUUAAAUUAAUUAUUUCCACAUAAUAACGCAAACUCCGCUUAACCAACCAAGUAGUAUGCUAGCAUAUAUUUCUGCUGUUAUUCCCAACCACAACACAUCCCGAUUCCAAAGGUCGUCAGCAGAGAGAGUAGUAAAAAGCACCUAGUGACAUCACUGUGCAACAGGUAAAGUCGCUUUUACAUUCCUGAGCCUGAGAAACGAACGCGGUGUUUGAUUUUCUUGGGAAAGUACGGAAGAAGUGGGUUGACAGGCGCACCGAAUGCUAUUUUUGUUACGUGCAAAUGUUGAAUUUAAUAAAAAGAAUCGUCCUUUGAGCGCGUGGUUUGGUCGUCGGACACCUAAAGAGGAGAGCUCUCUCUGUAUUGAACACCUAUUCAGCUGUCAUGUCGCGGCACAGGAGACAGGCCAGCAUCGAACUCCUGGAGAUGAUUGGCAUGGUGAAGGAGAACGGGUACCAUUUUGAUAGUCCUGAGACAUCACCACUACUUCCCUCAGUGCAUACUCCAGUGUCAUACGACUAUGUCCUGGUCGCUAAGACAGUGGAUGAUCCGGAGAAAGAUACCUUCAAGAUGCAAGAGGCCUUUAUCGAGAAACUAAAGAUGAAGAACUUGAAGAUAACAAAAAUUAUAGACGACACUGUUGUCUUCUACGGUAUCCAAGCUCCAAAUGAAGUGUUUGAGAAGUACAGGUAUCUACUGAAGGUGUCUGAUGCCUGCAACUGGAGUGAACAGCAGGGAAGUGUCCCUCUUUCCACCAGGAUCCGCAUUGUUCACUUUAUCCUGAGUCAUGUCUUCCUUAAUACAGGAGAGAACCUGUUUGAACUCUUGAAGAAGAAAGUGUUUGAAGCAAAGUUCUGCCUGCAUGAGAGGAAAACUCAGAAGGAACUGAGGAAAAGUUGGGCCAGAUGGACUGCCUGUCUCCGGGGACAACCAAUCAAUGAUGUCAGGAACUACUUUGGAGAGAAGGUGGCUCUGUACUACCUGUGGCUGGGCUGGUACACCCUUCUGUUGCUCCCUGCAGCUCUGUUAGGGGUCGUUGUCUUCCUCUACGCGCUGGCUUUCUACAACACCUCGCCACUUAUAAAGGAGGUGUGUGAGUCUAACACGAUCAUGUGUCCGCUGUGUGACAAGAGAUGCAAAGUGUGGCUACUCAGCGAUACCUGCCUCUACGCCAAGGUCAGCAUCCUAUUUGACAACGAGGGGACGGUUAUGUUUGCCAUGUUCAUGGCAGUAUGGACCACCUUGUUCCUGGAGUUCUGGAAACGACACAGAGCCUCCUAUACAUGUGAAUGGAAGGUGUUCGACUGGUGUGAGGAGGAGGAGGAGCUGAUCCUGGAAAUAGUGAACAAUGCAGAAUGUGCGCCUAAGGAACACAAGCACUCCUACCUACGCAGCACCCUGGUCCUCAUCCUGGUCACUCUUAUACUGCUGCUGAUCAUCGGCCUGGCCCAUGCCCUGGUGGUGUUCCGGGUGGUUGCCACGGUGAUGUUGGCUGAAGGAUCAUGGGAGUUCCUGAGUGACCACUCCAACACGGCCGCUGUGAUACUAGGAGCAGUGCUACACUACUUCACCAUCACCAUCAUGACACGGGUCAACAGGAUUGUGUCGCUGAAACUCUGUGAUAUAGAGGAGAAUCAGUCGUUUGCUGCCUCUGAGAGAAGCUUCACCGUCAAGAUGUUCACCUUCCAGUUCUUCACCCUCUUCUCCUCUCUCUUCUACGUUGCCUUCUUCCUGGGCAGGAUAAAUGGACACCCCGGUGGCUACGUGCGGAUAGCAGGGAAGUGGAGGCUGGAGGAGUGCCACCCCAGUGGCUGCCUCACAGACCUGUUCAUCCAGAUGGCCAUCAUUAUGGUUCUGAAACAAACGAUCAGCAACGUCUUUGAGUUCGGAGGCCCCUGGUUCAACAGGUGGCUAAAGAGGCGGAGGACUAAGAAGCUACAGAGGAAGUGUUCCCACUGUUACAAGAAGGCAGACCAACAGACCAAUCGGUGGGAAGAGCUGUGUGAGAUCUGCAAGCUCAGUGAUUGGCUAAGAAACUACCGUCUCAACGACGUGAACUCUUUCAGUCUCUUCAAUGAGUUCCUGGAGAUGGUUCUCCAGUUCAGUUUCACCACCAUCUUUGUGGCGGCGUUCCCCUUGGCUCCCCUGCUGGCCUUAAUCAACAACAUCAUAGAGAUACGCCUCGACGCCAUCAAGAUGGUCAGUUUGGAGCGCAGGAUGGUACCCAAGAAGACCAACGACAUCGGUGUAUGGACAGAUGUGUUGGAGGCCAUCGGUGUGUUGGCAGUCAUCGCCAACGGCCUGGUUAUUGGGAUAUCUUCAGAUUUCAUCCCCCGCCUUGUAUACCGCUACAAUUAUGGACCAUGUGCCAAUGGAACAGUCACGGAUAUGGAUUGCAUGGCCGGCUACAUCAACAACAGCCUGUCCACAGUGUACAUGAACGACCAGAGAAUCUAUAAUGAGUUCUCACCAGACCAGAUGGUGACGCCUAGCGGACAGAACGUCUCCUACUGCAGUUAUAAAGAUUAUAGAAGUAAUGAAGACUACAGCUUGACUCCUCAGUUCUGGCUCAUUUUAGCAGUGCGCUUUGCUUUUGUCAUCCUAUUUGAGCAUGUGGUGGUCAUAUGUAAGUUCAUCACAGCCUGGUUUGUUCCCAGCGUUCCCUUGGAUGUCAAGAAUCAAAGGCUCUUUGAUAAACUCAACAGGUUGAAGCAAGAGCUCAGCUCAUCGGAGGUAUGACAACAUCGCCACAGUGUUUGGAGCAUUCUAAUGUUGACAUUGUGAUGUCUGGAAAACACAUGGACACAGUAUCCGCUCAGAUGUGAUUACCAGCACUAUGGAGGACAUGUUUGUGUGUGGAGAGAGGGAGAGGGAGAGAGAGGGAGAGAGAGGGAGAGAGAGAGAGAGAGAGAGAGAGAGAGAGAGAGAGAGAGAGAG